UUCACUUACUCAGUAAUAUGCAGUAACUUGUUCGAUAUGAGACGUUUUUACAAAUUCUAACACUAACUAUUUACAUAGGUCCAUCUUUGAAAAGGAAAUAUCAUCUCUUUUUGGCUUCUCUCUUAGCUGCCCUAUUAUGUCGACCAUUUAAUGCUCCAAACACUGCCUUCUCUUCCACACUAUAUAUAGUCCUUUCACCAUUGUACUUUGUAUCAGCAUCUCCAUCUAUUAAUUCAAAUUCUUUCUCCCCUUUCUCUCUCUCUGUCUCUCUCUCUCUAUACACAAACACGAUGAAGGGGAAGUUUGCAAGGGUGUGCGCCAAUAAGUUGAGGAAGAUAGGUAAUAAAGGGAGCAUACCUUCUACUUCCUCGUGCUGCGAGCAAUGCUGUCAAUGGGCUCUGUGGCCAAACUCCAUGCAUGAAGAAAACUCGAUCCCAAAAGAUGUCCCAAAGGGUCACUUGGUAGUUUAUGUAGGUGACAACCACAAGAGGUUUGUAAUCAAACUCACCUUGCUCAAUCACCCACUCUUCAGGGCACUUCUGGACCAAGCUCGAGAAGAAUACGAUUUCAAUGCUCACUCAAAACUCUACAUACCCUGCGAUGAGAACCUCUUCCUCGAAGUUGUUCGAUGCGCUAAGCUCUCCAGAUGAUCAAGGAAUUUCUGCGUAUGAGAAUUCAGUACUAAUGGAGAACACUAAUGUUUGUAUUUAAUUGAUUCAUCAUGAGGUCUGUGCUACAAUAACAAUGCAAGCAUAUUGCCUUAUUUUGUUGUAACUAUGUAGAGAUGUAAAACAUUAAUAUAUUAAUCUAGGGAACCUAUGUAAUUCCGUUCAAAAACAGUAAAUUCUGUUCUGCUAAUUACUUGUUCAGGGAUUCUGUG